AUGGCCACUCUGGAGAAUCCUGGGUUCAAAACCUCCUGGUUUGUGGCUCUGGCCAUGAUGAUAUGGAUGAGGAGCAACAUGGCUCUUCAUAUAGACCCUCCAGAGCAUUUCCUGCUGCAGUGAAAAUUGGAGUGUCACUACACGAAUGGCGCUCAGCAGGUGAGGUACCUGGACAGGUUCACCUGGGACCGGCAGCAGAUCUGUUCCUGUGACAGUGCAGUGGGUUUCUACAUGGCCCACACAGAGCUGGGAUGGACAUUUGCGGACUGGCUGGUUUGUUCUGUUAGAAGGUUUUAUUCUUCUGAAAUUAAGACCAAGUGGUUCAAAAAUGGGCAGGAGGAGAUGGACAAAGUUGUGUAUGAGGACCACCUCCCAAACAGAGAUCAGUCUCUCCAGAUCCUGAUCACUUUGGAAGUCACGCCAAAGCAAGGGGCUGUCUGUGCUUGCCAGAUGGACCUUGUCAGCUUGCCAGUGCCCAUCACGGAAACAUGCUCUGGAUCUGCUGUGGGCGAGAAGGCGACUGGAACGCUGGGCUUUGUGUUGGGCUUAGGCUUCAUCAUGGUGGGACUCAUCAUCUAUCAGAAGAAAAAGAGAGAUGAAUUAUUCAUGAGCUAA